CCUCCAAACAUUUUACGACACAUCCGUUGUGUUCCAGGAUCUGAAUCCCUAGAAACAAUAAACAGUUCCGUUGAAUGUCUCGAGCAGAUUCAUUUGUAACAGAACUACAGGUGUUAUUAUUAGUUUCCUUCGACAAACGGAGCAGGUAGAAGUUAGCCAUAGAACCAAAAUAACACAUCACGGAGGUUAUUGCAGAAAGUGCUGACGGAAGGUAGUUUGAUCUGUAGAGUCGGCAGCUUCACGUCAAGGAGGAAUAAUUUUAGAGCUCUUUAAGAAGUUAACGUUCAGAGGAGCUAUGAUGACUUGACUGUCAGCCUUCUAUCGACUUCAGGAGGCUCAACAGAAACCAUGCUUCAAUUUUUGGGACUACGGAAGGACGCCAAGAAGUCAACAUCUGACAAGGAAGCGGAUGGAGGCUUCGUCAUUGUUGGAGAGACGACUGACGAACGAAGACAGAGAGUUAAGACUGUAAACACUGGACAGCCCUCAACAAAUGUCAUAGUCCAGCCAUCAAAGUUACCCCAUCCAGCUCCAUCUCAAACAGCUGAUGCAAAUCCACCUCUGGCUUUACUUGAUGUGGGACCAGCAGGCGGCCUUCAGUCUGUGGAAGUCACUUCAGCGCUGCCGGAUCUUCUCGGAGACGUCCCCUUCACAUUAGCUCCUCAUGUCCUGGCCAUGCAGGCCGGGUCCAGCAUGGUCCCAGAUGUCCUGCUGUCCAGAGACGUAAACUACAACCUGGCUAGUUUUCAGUAUGACUUCACCUUAGAAAAUUCUGUGCUCCACAACAGUUAGUCUGUUUGGGUUUUGACGUCAUUAGGAGCUCCCACUCUAGAGUAGUGGGCCCAUUGGCUGAUUUUGAUAGUUCACAAUUAAACUAAGCAAAAAGUAAAAGGAAACUGAUUAAACAGCUUCAGAGAACAGUAUAGCUUUACCAUUCUCUAGUUGGCUCCUUUUUUUUCUUCUUUUUUAAUCUGAAAUGGGAAAUAAUUGAUUCAGGGUUCACACCAUGUUACUGGAGAGAAGCCCAAUUUCCUUCAAAAGUUAAGUUACCUGGUAGCUCAGUGAAGAAUAAUUUAUCAUUUGGUCUUAUUAUUAAGACACAUCACCACCACUUUGUACAGCAUAUAUCAGCAGCUGUCGGUCAUUUGUUCCAGGUAAAGUCCCAUUUAAUCCUCCUUUUGCUCAAGGUCCUUGUCUGAUAAAAGAUUUGACCCCGACUCAUAUUUAGGAGUAUGACAGUCUGAUUAUUGGUCCUGUUGUUACCAACAUUCUUGUCAGAACAAGUUACAGGAAAUGUUACAAAAAAUUAGUUCAAGGUUGUGUUUCUAUGUAGGUUAAUUUUUAAGAAUCGGAUGAAUAAUAUUGAUGUGAAAGCUUUUCUAAUCUUCUGAUGCCUUCUACAUCUGUGACUUUGAAAUGCUGUAAACAGACAAACGGCUCAGAAUCAGCCUUUUGUCCACAUCUUUGAACUGUGGUAGGAAGAUCAGCAAAACUAUAUCAGAGCUUAGCUGCAGUGAGAUUCGCUUCAAAAUAAUCCCUAUUAUUGAUGUUCCAAAAUUCAUUUUUAAAUAGAUUCAUUUACCUAGGUAACAGAGAUAACAAACUGAUAAAAAAAAAAGUAUAACUGGUUAUAUGUUGAAAAAAAUGAGUAAAAAUCCUGUCAAACAAAUCACUGGUGACAAAUGUAGCAAAAUGAAGGUUUGUUUUCCACCAGUUACUGUUUUCACCCCUUUUUAUUGCUCACAAUCAACAUUUUUUUCUUCUAUUCCAUAAUUUAGACCCACUUGCAAGAUUGUUUGUGCAUCUUUCUACUUUAUCUUUAUGUCCUGCCUAUUUUUAAUAGAGUCGAGUCAAAUACACAUGCCGUUAGUUCAGAUUUUAUUUAGGAGGCAUGUGUUUUAUCCCUGCAAAAGCUGCGAUUCUUGGCAGGAUGGAAUGGAGGCCAACAGUAAACAGUGGAACAAUAUCAUGAUUUGAUCCCACCUCACAUCUCAGUGCUUUUAACUUCAAGAUUCUUCUGCUUUAACUGUCUUUUGAGAUCCUUUUAAUUGCUAGGCAAUCUCAUUUAAAGCAGAGAUGCACUAAAACUCUUUUGGUCUUCCUCUUUGUAAUGUUAUUCGCAAAUAGAAAACAAUAGGGGAAGCAAAUGUGCAAUACAUAAAAAUGAGGUGAAUCUUUUUACUGGCUUUAAUAGCAGUUGUGGCUAAUUUACCAUAAGGAGUAAAUGACAUGGCUAAUAACCUGCUUAAAUGUGUGGUUUUUCCAAUGCGUUGUGAGCACCAAAUGGAUCUGUUUGUGUCUGUUUCUACCUGAGUAUUCACACUUGUUUGAAUCAAUCAUGAAUUUCAAGGUAAAACACCAAUGUUGUGUUCCUCAGUUGGAAACAAUGUAGAUGCAAUGAUAAUGUAAUUUCUUUCCUUUGCCUUUGUUGUGUUCAAUGCUGUUUUCUAGUUAAUGUUCUACAUUUAGCCAUCGUUACUAAGUUUUUUUUAAUUACUCCUCUACCACCUGUGCCUUUAUCAGACAGACUACCCAAUAAAGUCUUUUUCAUGUAUCA